AAGGAGGGGGAAGGAAGCACAAUAUGCCAGAGUGAGUGCGUAUGUUGCAGCAAGAACAGUACUGGGCAAGGAGAGUUGGGUUGAGUCGGAGUCUUGUUUUAGAAGCAGCAGUUGCCAGCAGCAGAAGCAGGAGCAGGAGCCCAGCCUGACGCAAACCUGCCAGCAAGUAGCAGCGCCCCAACACUAGGCAGGCGCCCCGGCGCGCGCGAUCGCCGCUGUCUCUCCACCCCAGAAGCCCCAGACUGGCCCAGAAGAGGGAGCACAAAGGCAGGCGACGGCGGCGGCACUGGGCGGACCACUCUAUCUCUAGUGCCACAGAUGCGCGACUCCUUCCCAGUGCCCCACCUGCAAGCGCGCCUGGCUGGGCUGAGAGAGAACGGGGUGGAGGAAGCUACAGCAGCAUCAGCAGCGGCAGCAUCAGCAUCCUUAGCUCUUCGAGCGCCCCUCCCCCGCCCUCUUCGCCUCCCACCCGCUGUCUCCGAGAGGCAGCCGGGUUGCAAGGGAACCCAUCGAGGGUAAUAUGUUCCCGCGGCAACUCCUCCCGUGCGUGUCCUUGGCUCCGGGUUCGGUGCCGCAGCUCCUCCUCGUUUCCUCUGCUCCCGCCGCCACCGCUUCUCUCCUUAGGUCUCUCCAUCUCCAUCCCUGCCGCUGCCGCUGCUCCUGAUGGAUGCCGGGGAGUGCUGCAUUGCUUAAGCGUUUCUCCCCCACCUCCCUUUUUGCUGGUAGGAUAGGGGCCCUGGGUGCUGCUCUUUCGCCUCUCUUCAUUUAGGGGUGUUUGUUGUCUAGCUAGAGAUAUUUUUGUUUUCUUUUCUCUCUUUCACUCCUUUUCUUUUUUUCCCCUCCACCCUGAGACCAUGUAGAUUCACUGGGGAGAGAUCCCACCUAGGCGGGAGUGGGGCUAGGCGGCUUAGAUAAAAGGCUGAGAGGAGGAGGUAGUGGAGGGGGAGCCCACGCUGGCUGCUGCCACCGCCACCACCGCCACCAAAAAUUUUGCUGGUACCAUAUGAGAUCACUAUAUACCAAAGGGAGAGAGGGAGAGAACCAGCUUUACCCGGAUCCUUUACUUGGAUCAAAGGAAUUUUAAACACAAACCUACAGCUCGUCUUUUUUUUUUUUUAUUCUUUUAAUUAAAUAAUGACAAAAAGAUACAUCUUUGAAUAAGCAGAGAUAAGUAGGAUCCCUCCCCCUCCUAUUUUCUUUUCUUUCUUUCUUUCUUUCUUUUUUUCCUCUAAAGAUUCUCUCUCCCCGCCCCGGAACUCUGCUGAAGAGGCACUUUAUUAUUAAUCAGAAUUCCCAUCUUUAUCUAGGGCUCUUCCUUUAGUGGGGACUGCAGCAGCAUCAGGGUAUUGGGUCUGAGAUGUGCGUGGGGGUUGUUUUUAUUAUAUCUUAGAAGAGAAGAGAGAGGAAGACAGCAGCAAGAUAGCAGGGGCUGUUUAGGAUAGUACGAGGAGUAAAAGAGUGCUUGAAACUACAGGGGGACAUAUCCUCUGAAGAGAAGGGAGCAGGAGUGGGACAUUUUUCGGGGGGGCAGAGCGUGGUAGAAGAUAAUCUGGAGCAACAGGGUACCACAUUCGAUACGAAGACAAAUUGUUUUCUGUAAAGCAAAGGGAGGCAGCAGCAGUUGCAGCCAGGGUCCAAGGGGGUAGGGUGUGUAGCAGAGGCCAGACUGGUCAACAAGGAACAAGAGGAGACAAGAAACUGGAGCACAAUGACUCAUUUACAAGCAGGUCUAUCUCCAGAGACACUGGAAAAAGCCCGACUGGAGCUGAAUGAGAACCCAGACACUUUGCACCAGGACAUUCAGGAGGUACGGGAUAUGGUUAUCACCAGGCCAGAUAUUGGUUUCCUUCGCACGGAUGAUGCCUUUAUCUUACGCUUCCUGCGGGCCAGGAAGUUUCAUCACUUUGAGGCUUUCCGCCUCCUGGCCCAGUACUUUGAAUACAGACAACAGAAUCUGGACAUGUUUAAAAGCUUUAAGGCUACGGAUCCUGGCAUCAAGCAGGCUCUAAAAGAUGGCUUUCCUGGAGGACUAGCCAAUCUUGACCACUAUGGCAGGAAGAUUCUAGUCCUCUUUGCAGCCAACUGGGACCAGAGCAGGUAUACCUUAGUGGAUAUUUUGCGGGCCAUACUUCUUUCUUUGGAAGCCAUGAUUGAAGAUCCAGAACUACAAGUGAAUGGAUUUGUUUUGAUCAUAGACUGGAGUAACUUCACCUUCAAACAGGCCUCUAAACUCACACCAAGCAUGCUGAGAUUAGCAAUAGAGGGCCUCCAGGACAGUUUUCCAGCUCGAUUUGGAGGAAUUCAUUUUGUUAAUCAGCCUUGGUAUAUCCAUGCUCUAUAUACUGUUAUACGGCCUUUCCUAAAGGAGAAGACUCGCAAAAGGAUAUUUCUGCAUGGAAAUAAUCUGAAUAGCCUGCAUCAACUCAUUCAUCCAGAGAUUCUACCUUCUGAAUUUGGAGGAAUGCUACCCCCCUAUGAUAUGGGUACGUGGGCAAGAACACUGCUAGACCAUGAAUAUGAUGAUGACAGUGAAUACAAUGUGGACUCCUAUAGUAUGCCAGUAAAAGACGUAGAGAAAGAACUAUCUCCAAAGUCCAUGAAGAGAUCUCAGUCAGUAGUGGAUCCUGCAGUACUAAAACACAUGGAUAAAAAUGAGGAAGAAAACAUGCAGCCUUUACUUUCUCUGGAUUAAAAACCUAUUAAUAUCACUAUAAAUUGGAAUGGAAUGGUACUCCCUUUCAGGAAGAAGCAAACCAUUGGGGAAGAAUGUACCAGCUGGGAAUCUAUUUAUUUAUAUUAAUGUAGCAUAAUGUUAUAAGGCAGCAGGUUUUCCCAGUAUGCCUAAAACAUAGGUGUUCUGGGUUGGAUUUUUUUUUAAAUCAAUAAUUUAUUCUGUAAGUGCCAACUUGUUUGUAAAUAUAGUGUAAGCUCCACUUCAAUUUUGUUAGUCUUGAUAGCAACGUAGUUUGGAAAAGGAUGACUCUUAAGUCCCUGUCACACAAACACAUAUUACAUACAUACAUAUAUACACACAUACCACACUGUAACCAAAGGGGUAAAAGACAUAUGAAAAAGAUCAAAACUAAUUAAAUGUAGCCCUGUUUCCUAUGAAGCCAUAUUGCAGCUAUCAUAGUUACUGCUUCAUCUUUCUCCUCUGAGAUUCUCUUUCAGUAUGUUAAUACAUAUCUUCAUGGGAAAAGGGAAAAAGAAUAUCACAGGAAAUAUUAUUAUUAUAAUAAUAGUUCCUAGUUAGGGAUUAUAAUUUCACAGGAAAUAUGCCCUGAGACCCUCACUGGCCUUGUUAUUAUCAAGACAAAGGAUUCCAUUUGAGCAGGUAAAUCAAACUUGGGAAUUGUUUUAUGUUUGAAUCUUUGGGCACUGGGAAGUGGCAUUUCCUGUCAGUUAAGAAACAGAAUUCAGAAACAGUGUGGACUCUUCUUAGAUUUCUAUCUUCACAAUUUGUUCUUUACUCAAGCCUCCAUUGUAUUCUGUUUAGUAUAUUUGGAGAACAUUUUCUCAAAUCCCAUCAACCAAGAGGAAAAAACUCAUACAAGCUAAAUGUUUUGACAACUAAUUUUGAACACAACACUUUUCACUAGCAGACAAGGGGCUAAUUUCUGAAUCAUGUGAACUGGUUGAUUAAAAAUGCAUAUAUAUAUUUUUACUGAGCUCUAAAGAAAUAAGAUGCCUACUAAUUAAGGAUCCAUAUACCCCUUGAUAGUUGUUCAGUAUGCUUAGAGAUGUUAUAGAUUGUCAUAUAAGGUAUUUCUGAAACCUAUUUCAACUAAAGGUCAAUGUAAACCAGGUGUAGUGAAACAGACUCUCACUGAUUGUUUAAGGGCGUACUAAUUUUAUCUGUAAUGUAGUCUUGAACAUGUGCCAUAUUGCUGAAAUCCUUUUUACCUCAGAGGAAUAACAGAUCUUGAUGUAGAUUUAAUGGCAUUCAUCAACUAAGUUUUUCUCAAACUGACCAAUGCUAGGUUUCUGUUAUCCACUUAAGUAUGUACAUAGAAAGGACAGGAAUGAAUGGACAAACUGAAUUUAAGAGUUAUAGCUAAAUCACCAAAACUAGGGUAGGUGAUAAAGACUAAAACUUGUUUUGGGGUUCGCCAUUAAAAGGGAACUCUUCCAAUAUGGUGGCAAUAUUUUCUUUUAAUUUAAAUUCCUAUUAUCAGGGAAAAGAAUCAAAGUCCCUAUUCCUUUUUUGGAUUUGGGGCUCAAUGGAUAAGAACUAUAUGUUUUGGGAUAUGAAGAGAAGAGAAAGAGACUAACUCACCAAGUUAUUGGGAACUGGAAGUAAUAAAGUUUUAUUGCUUUGUCUUAUUAACUUUUACACACUCAAUGUUUCCUUUCCCAAAUCUAACCUAAGUUGGACAUCUGAAUGAGUAUUUGAAGCAUAUAUUAGAAUCUGUGACCCAAACAGGAAAGAUAGAUGCAGCUUUCUUUUCCAUAUUAAUCACUUAAUCAAUUUGCAUGGAUUUUUUCAGAUUGUAAUACCUUGGUACAUUAGUCUAUUUUAAAAGUAUUUGGGAAUAUCUUGAUAAUAAAAGAGAACACCAAUACAUUAAUUGAUACAAUUCAAAAUAUGUUAAGAAGUUGCUAAUAAAUAUGAAUUAAGAAUAAUUUUUAAAAUGCCAAUUUUUCUUCAGUGACAGAGAAAGCACUUACUGUAUAAGGUAUUCAGUUCAACUUAUUAAUGAUUUAAUGCUUAAAAUCAUUUGGAAAUAAAGAAUCAUGGACUCUUCAUUUCUUAUUUAAUGAUUGUACUGCUAAGUGAUCCUAAUACCUAUGUUUUUACAUGUUUGUAUAUGUGAUAUAAACUUGAAGCCUUAGGCUUCAUAUUCUACAUAAUUCACCAUAAGAUUACAAGUCAUAGCUUCCAGUCUUAUAAUUGGGAGGUGGGCAACAAUAACAAACUAAGGAGAGUUAACUUCCAUUGAUUUUUGUGUGGAUUUUCCUGUGACAUAUCAUUUAUUGCUUAACUUUGUAAUCUUAAGUUAUCUUUCUAGAUCCAGAAAACAUAUCCCUUGUCUCCUCCCCUUAUCACACAGUGACAGUGCACUCAAGGAAUGUGAACUCAUUUAAUAUGGACCUAAGAAAAUGUAAACAGGAUGGUAAAUCUUCUAAUAUAUUUCAAAUUCAAAUGUUAUCCCCCUUCCUCCACUUUGGGGUAUAUGCAGUGCUACACUGCUGCAUGAGCAUUGCAUGGAACAAAUAAUAGUUGAUUCUAUUACUUAAAACAUCUGAAAAUGAAUGGAUGAAGUAUAAUAGUAAUGCCUUUUGAAAUUAAUUUUGUUUAGAUGAUUCAAAAACUAAGCUCAUUGGCCAAUGACCUUUUUGAAGUUGCUUGGUUAAGAGAUGUAAUUCAACUUUAUGAAUUCUUUUCUCAGUAUUACCUAACUAGCAAUUUGUUUGGGAGUCCUUUGAGUGACUUUUCUGUGACAUAUGUCUUUGUGUACUAACUGUCAAACUUAGUUCCUAUUAAUUAGCAUUCAUAUCUUCAUUUAAAAAAAAAGUUGUUGUCAAUUAUCAAUAUAAGAUUGUUUACCCUAUUGAAGCUGACUCUCAGUUUCAAGAGCAGUGCUAAACUUUAUGUGAUGGUCUUGUGACUGAGGAUGUAUGUACCUGAAAGAGCUUCACUACAUUUGGUUUGGAAUAAAGGCCAGCAGACUAUUUUUUCUUCUUCUCUUCUCUCUUGCUCCUGCUCCAUUUCUCUAUCUUGUUGACGUUGGUUUAUUGGCAACUGGCUAAAGAAAAAUAAAUAACUUCUCUUCUAA